AUGGUUGUUCGUCCUGUUGAUCUGGUCAAUCAGCCAGCUCCCUUCCAGGAUAGGUAUAAGAUUCUACAGAAACUUUUAGAGGUUUUAGAAAAGGUUAAACCUAAUGCAAAGGGUAAGCUGAACAAACUGGCUACUGGGCUUGAAUUGAGAGUAGCCAAGAGCAGUAAAUCACCUCAGAGUUAUAAAUUUAACAUGAGUAUUCUUUUAAGGGAUUUAAAUAAGUUCCACGGAGAUCUUUCCAAGAUUAAAAUUGGUCAUAAACCUAUAGCACAUUCUGCACCUGCUGUUGAAAAUAAAGCUACUAGAGCACAGGCAAUGGAAAAACUGAAAUCUAUUCUUAUAGAUUCUGAUACGUUGGAGAAAAAUGGAUACAUCACUAGUAUAGGUUCAGCAGCGACAGCUACAGCUACAGCAUCAGCAUCAGGAGAUGCGCAAGAUUCGCAACACGCCAUAUGCAUUAGAUGUAAUACAAAAUUUGACAAGUCAGAGGUUAUGAAAAAGAGUCUGUGCAGAUAUCAUCCUUUGAAAAAGGAAUACGAUCGAGAAUCCAAGAUUCAUCAAUACCCUUGUUGUGGUGAAACUACAGAUUCCUCGUCAUUUCUGCGAUUAGGUUGUCAAAAUCGUGACCAUCAUGUAUUCCGUGAACAAACUUACGAAGGUAUGUCAAGCAUCUCUGAAUUCAAAGAUACACGUCAUGUGGAAGGACCCGAAAAUGUGCUGGCAUUGGACUGUGAAAUGGCAUACACUUCACUUGGAUAUGAAAUGAUCAGACUUACCAUUGUGGAUUUCUUCACAUCCAAAACCCUUUUUGAUGAAAUUGUUAGGCCUAUUGGACAGGUAAUUGAUUUAAAUUCACAGUUUAGUGGUGUUCAUGAGAUUAAAGAAUCCGAGUCACUAAGUUAUGAGGAAUGCAUGCAAAAAGUCUUAACCGAAUCAUUAAUCAAUAAGAAUAGUAUCCUAAUUGGUCAUGGAUUGGAAAAUGAUGUCAACGUAAUGAGAAUCUUUCAUCGUAAAAUUAUUGAUACUGCAAUCCUUUACUCAAACGGAAGAUUCAAGACUUCAUUGAAAAAUCUUGCCUUUGAAAAUGUCAAUCGAAAGAUUCAAAGUGGUGAACACGAUAGUUCAGAAGAUGCAAUUGCCACGAUGGAUGUGGUAAAAUCCAAGAUCGGUAUCCCUAUAGCACAAAAGGAAUGGGAUUAG